AUGGAUCGUGGCUUUAGUUUUCGACUCUUGUAUCGAGUCGUUUUCUUUUCCUUCUGUCUGAUUUUCGCCUGUGUUUAUCAUGGUGGUGGUUCAGAGAAUGACAGACGAGAAGAUAAAACAGAACCGAACAAAUUAAAAGAUGAAUUCAAAGGUAAACCCUUGAAUAUUAACGUUUCUCUCGAACAAGACGAACGCGUCUCUAACUUGACAGAAAAUGAUAAACAAAUUGAUGGCCACACGGCGCGGCAGAAAACGGAUCUUUCAAAGAUGGUUAGAAAAGGUAAAAUUUGAAAAUGUGACAAUAUUAGCACUUCAGAAAGAAUAAUUGCUAACCAUAAUUUAUUUUUAGGAACUGCGAUGAAAACACUACGAAGUGAAAGAAUACAAAAGAGCCCACUACUGCUUUUUUUAACUCCUACGCCGCCUGAGGUAAACGUUCCACGCAAAGAGUCGACAACCAUCUCCCACUCAAAUGAGACAGAAUGGCAAAACAACCGCAGUAAAAACUUAUCUUCAUUGCAAAAUCAAAUUUUUCACCGGAAUAACUUGAGAGAAACAGCGAAAAGAGAAACAUUCGCUUCACUCACAACUCAACAUCUCCGGAGCAGACGUGAAACUGAUCCGAAAUCUGAAUAUACCGAAGAAGAUCUAUUAAUGUGCAACGAUUCAAUCACCAAUAUAAAAUACGAUGACGAAUACAAAGUUCGGACUGACUUUUCAAUAUUCUAUAAGAACAAGGUGUACGACUAUACUGAGUAUCGAGUUCUGAAUGAUAGCAUAAAGAUUUGUAACUCCACUGAUAACUACGUACGGAGUAUUUGGAAACUACGCAAUGAAUGGGUAAAGUUGACAAUGCAUGAAAAAAGUUGCAAUAAACCCAUUAGCGUUCUUCGGUUGUCCCCAAAGUAUUACACUGUGAAUAAGCAGUUCACUGUCUAUUUCGAAGCUACAAGUCAAUAUUUCACAAGAAAUGAGUAUGGGGUGGACCAGGGUGAACUUUAUAUAUGCUAUGAAAAGUUCAAACCCGAAUCAACAGAGUAUACAAAGGAAGAUCUAUUAAUGUGCAACGAUUCAAUCAUCAAUAUAAAAUACGAUGAUGAAUACAAUGUUCGGACUGACUUUUCACUACUCUAUAAGAACAAGGUGUACGAUUAUACCGAGUAUCGAGUUCUGAAUGAUAGUAUAAAGAUUUGUAACUCCACUGAUAACUAUGUACGGAAUAUUUGGAAAGUACGCAAUUACUGGGUAAAGGCGACAAUGCAUGAAAAAAGUUGCAAUAAACCCAUUAGAGAUAUUCGGUUGUCCCGAAAGUAUUACACUGUGAAUAAGCAGUUCACCGUCUAUUUCGAAGCUGGGAGUCAAUAUUUCACAAGAAAUGAGUAUGGAGUGGACGACGGUAAACUUUAUAUAUGUAAUGAAAAGUUCAGACUCGAAUCAACAGAGUAUACCGAGGAAGAUCUAUUAAUGUGCAACGAUUCAAUCAUCAAUAUAAAAUACGAUGAUGAAUACAAAGUUCGGACUGACUUUUCAAUAUUCUAUAAAAACAAAGUGUACGAUUAUACUGAGUAUCGAGUUCUGAAUGAUAGCGUAAAGAUUUGUAACUCCACUGAUAACUACGUAUGGAAUAUUUGGAAAAUACGCAAUAAAUGGUUAAAGGAACAAAUCCACUAUAAAAGUUGCAUAAUUGACUUCAGUAGAGCCACUUGGUUGUACCGAAAGUAUUACACUGUGAAUAAGCAGUUCACUGUGUAUUUCGCAGGUACGAGUCAAUAUUUCACAAGAAAUUACUACGGUCUGCACGACAGUAAAAUGAUUUAUAUAUGCGAAGAACAGUUAAGACCCACAUCAUUAGAGUAUACCCAGGAAGAUCUAUUAAUGUGCAACGAUUCAACCAUCAAUAUAAAAUACGAUCAUGAAUACAAAGUUCGGACUGACUUUUCAAUACUCUAUAAGAACAAGGUGUACUAUUAUACUGAGUAUCGAGUUCUGAAUGAUGGCAUAAAGAUUUGUAACUCCACUGAUAACUACGUAAGGAAUAUUUGGAAAGUACGCAAUAAAUGGGUAAAGGCGAGAAAGCAUCAAAAAAGUUGCAAUAAACACAUUGGAGAGUUUUGGUUCUACCGCAAGUAUUACACUGUGAAUAAGCAAUUCACUGUCUACCUCGCAGCAAAAAAUCAAUAUUUCACAAGAAAUGAGUAUGAAGUGGACGACGGCAAACUUAUAAUAUGCAAUGCCAAGGUCAAACCCACAUCAUUAGAGUAUACCGAGGGAGAUCUAUUAAUGUGCAACGAUUCAAUUAUCAAUAUAAAAUACGAUGAUGAAUACAAAGUUCGGACUGACUUUUCAAUACUCUAUAAGAACAAGGUGUACGAUUAUACUGAGUAUCGAGUUCUGAAUGAUAGUAUAAAGAUUUGUAACUCCACUGAUAACUACGUAAGGAAUAUUUGGAAAGUACGCAAUAAAUGGGUAAAGUUGACAAUAUAUGAAAAAAGUUGCAAUAAACCCAUUACAUUCAUGGUGUUCUACCGAUGGGAAUACACUUUGUUCAAAGAUUUUAGAGUUCGCAUUUCGGCAACAAAGAAGCUGAUAACAAAGGACGAUUAUGCUGUGUAUGAAGGUAAACUUACAAAAUGUGUGACCGAAUGCGCCUAUCUUACCUUUACUAUAAAGUAUGAAGAUGAAUACAGAUUAUGGAACAACUUCUCAAUGAUGUACCAAGGUCGAAUGUACUCUUAUGAUGAGUACAGAAUAACGGACGAUGGUCUACAAGUUUGUAAUUCAUCUGACCGUCUCAUUAAAGAAAAAUGGCGGAAUUUCGUUGUUUGGGAUAAGAUAGGGAUACUCUUCACCCAAUGUAAUGUAUCUGUGGACGGUUUUUACUCCGAAAAUUACACAUUACAUACAAACUUUACUGUUUUCUUCAAACCUACCAAUCAAACUUUUACAAGGCAAGAUUACGGAGUGAUUUUGGGGUAUUUUGCAAUUUGUUCAAGAAAGCUCAGAUUGUCCUGCAAUAUUGAUUUGGUCAAAGUAAAGUACAGUGAACAAUACAACGUUUUUAAAAACUUUUCAGUGGUUUACAACAACAAAAUAUACGAUUAUCGCGAAUAUCGAUUAAGCCACGACAGUCUUGAAAUGUGUGGUUCCAAUGAUUCAAGAGUUCAGGCGAUUUGGAGAACGCGAAAUUCGUGGCAAAAGUCAUUACCCGCAUCCUGUUAUCGUUCUUAUAAAUUAAAUGCAAGAUACUACGCUGUGACAAAGCAGUUUGCUGUGUAUUCGGCAGAUAACGGUCAAUAUUUCAAAAGAAAUGACUACGCGGUGAUAGACGGUAAACCUUAUGUAUGCGGCAAAGAAAACUUAAGACAAAUUUACGUAAUUUCAAACUUUAAGAUUAUUAUAGCACCAUUAUGUGCUUUAGUGCUUUCUAUUAUUUCUUUGCUAUUGUUGUUGAUAGUUUACUGCAUGCUUCCAGAACUGCGCACACUUCCUGGUUUGAAUUUAAUUCACUGUACUCUCAUGUAGGUAAACUGUUUGAGAUACCGUGUGCUAGGCUGUUUGUAGCAAAUAAGUUUAUGACGUAUAGUAUAAUUAUGAAUGCUGCGGUUAAUAUCUAUCACUUAAGAAACACAUUUUGUGGGAAAACUCUAGUGAAAUCUGAUGAACUGAAGAAGUGGAACAGAUUUUUGAAGUAUAGUUUCUUUAGCUGGGGAGUUCCUGUCAUUAUAACGAUUAUUUACAUUGUACUGGUAAAGGAAGAUGUUAUAAGGUUCGAUCAACCUAUUGUGUCUGUGAAGAACGACGUUCAAUCGAGCUUAAGAUUCUAUCGACGCAUUGCAAAUGGAAAGACGACGGUAAAUAAUAUAGGGAUUUAUCACCGUAUUGCAUCCUUGAAGGGAGAUGUCCUGCAGUCAAAGUUUAAUCAAAGCAUUCACACUGUAUUUGAAGAUGCCCAGUCAAGGUUUAGUCAAAGCACUGUACUUGGGAAGGGAGAUAUGACGGAAGAUGAUGCAAUGAUUUAUCAACCUAUUGUAUCUUUGAAGGAAGAUGUUCAGUCAAGCUUAAAGUUUUAUGAACGCAUUGUAUUCGCGAAUGGAGAUGGAAAGGAAGAUGAUGCAAGGAUUUAUCAACAGAUCUCCGGAGAUUGUAUCAAUGGUCGAAUUGCUCCCGAUUGGUCAGCUGCUGUUGAUGUAUAUGGCCUUCAAGGUUUUCUUUUGUUGUACAUUAUUGGAAUGUUCAUCUUCACUGCUUAUCGAAUUCGCCAAAAACUCAAAACAAGCAGGAACAUUGCACAGAAAUCGAAUGUUGUUAAGCGUCGUAAAUUUGUCAUAUUGCUCAAGCUGUCAACCACUACAGCCUUAAGUUAUUGGUUUCCUUUCUUCAUAAGUAGAAUCGUGGAUUUUGAUUUCGACAUAAAGAUAGCGUUGUAUACUGUAACGUUGCUUACUGGUGCCUACAUUGGUAUUGCGUUUGGCUUCACACGAAGAAAUUAUCAGUUGUUCAAGAAAAACUAUUUCCCAGCAAACAAUAAGCCGCCUCCAGUUGACGAAAUUCCGCUGA